AUGGCCGACUCAAAAGAUUACGAUGAAAAGGUCAGUAAAGGUGGAUGAGUCAACGUCGAAAAGUAUAAAUAUUGUUGUAAACCAAACAAUUUACUUUCGGCUUUUGGUUUUUUGAUCUUAAAUAUUGUGUUUUACAUUUUUUGACGGUUUUUUUUCUAAUUUUAAAACUUGGGUUCAGGGUUAAAUUUAGAUUUUACAGAAUUAGGCUUAGUAGGCUUAGGCCUACUAAGGUAAGGAAGUUUAGGUUUAGAAGGCUUUAACUUAAUAGGCUUAGGCUUGGCGAGUUUAGGCCCAGUAUUCUUAGGCUUUAUAGGUUUAGGGUUGGUAAGCUUCUAGGCUUAGGAAGUUUUUUUUAUUAGAUUUAAGUUUAGUUGGGCUUAGACUUAAUGGGCUUGGGCUUAGCAGGCUUAGGCUUAGUAGGCUUAAGCUUAGGCUUAGUAUGCUCAGGCUUAAUAAGUUUAGGUUUAGUAGGCUUAGGCUUAGUAGGCUUAGGCUUAAUAGGCUUAGGCUUAGUGGGCUUAGGUUUAGUAGGCUUAGGCUUAAUAGGCUUAGUAAGCAUAGGCUUAGUAGGCAUAGGCUUACUACGCUAGAAAGUUUAUUUUUAGGCUUAAGCUUUGUAUGUUUAGGCUUAGCCUUAGUAGGCUUAAGCUCAUAUGGCUUAGGUUUAUGAUGCUUAGGUCAGGCGUGCGCUCAUUCAGCUUAGGUUGAUCAAACUUAUGCUUGGCCUUUGUUUUAAUAGGCUUAAAAACGUGAAAAACUGGCAUAUUUGAAUAAUGAGGGUAGAGUAGGUAGGUUAAACUACAUAUAUUAUAUUAAGAUAAUUUAAAAUUUUUAAUACAACAUUUUCAGUCUCCAUCACGAGAGACCGUGACAGUAGCCAUGCCUUCGACCGAAUCCGGCCAACAUCGAUCGAUAACUGAGAGUGCUCAGUUCAAAGUGGUUACUCCGAAGUAUAAAACUAGUGAUAAAAUUGUAAGUAUUAAAUCUUAAGCCUAAAGUUUCUUUUUUAGUCCUCCGAAGUCAACCUAGGUGGAGCCAACAUCUCCACCGGCCAUACCUUAUCUGAGAGUAAUGGUGAAUAUAGAUCAGAACAUGCUCAGGAACAGUUCAGGAUGCACAUUAUUGACCCGAAAGUCAAUUCGAAUGCCUAUAUACCAGCACAUACGGCAUCUGCUGUGGUUAAGACGCGAACAGUCACUGAAGACUUCCCUAGUCAUCACAACAAACGAUCACUACUUAAGCUGGAUCCUGUUGAACAACGAAAGUUUAGGGUAAGUUUUUGGUUUUAGUCGAGUUUUUGGAUACUGUAAAGUAAUUUAGAGUAUUGUAAAAGUACUUUGAGGUACUAUAAUUUACAGUAGGAUUUUGUAAGUUUAUUUGGGAUAAAGUAAGAUAGGGUAAGGCAGGAUAGGGUAGGGUAGGGUAUGGUAGGGUAGGGUAGGGUAGGGUAGGGUAGGGUAGGGUAGGGUAGGGUAGGGUUGGGUAGGGUUGGGUAGGGUUGGGUAGGGUAGGGUAGGGUAGGGUAGGGUAGGGUAGGGUAGGGUAGGGUUGGGUAGGGUUGGGUAGGGUAGGGUAGGGUAGGGCAGGGUAGGGUAGGGUAGGGUAGGGUAGGGUAGGGUAGGGUAGGGUAGGGUAGGGUAGGGUAGGGUAGGGUAGGGUAGGGUAGGGUAGGGUAGGGUAGGGUAGGGUAGGGUAGGGUAGGGUAGGGUAGGGUAGGGUAGGGUAGGGUAGGGUAGGGUAGGGUAUAGGGUAGGGUAGGGUAGGUUAGGGUAAGAAACAGUACUUUAAUUAAAGAAGACGGUAGGAUACUAUACUAUUCAUAAUAUGACAUUUCAUUUACCAAAUAUUACCUAAAUAUAUCGUUACAGAGUGUAGAAUCUAGGCCAAUAACGACAAACGCUUACUUAAGUGAAAGCGUGAAUCGGCAUAGAGCGGCCGAAGAAUCCAAACUCAAACAAUACCUCAAAACCAAAGAAGGAGACGCCAAUCAACCUUGGGACAAACCUAACUGGCCUGGAGGUGCUCAGGUAAGAGUUAACCUACCCUACCGAACUCUACCCUACCCUACCCUACCCUAACCUACCCUAACUCACCCUACCCUAUCCUACCCUACCCUACAUGACCUAACUUGGCUCUACUCUACCUAACAUCGUGCUGCCUUGCUCUUUUUUGCCCUACACUACCCUGCCUUACUUUAUUUUACUUUGCUUUAAUUUUGCGUACCAUAGCUUCGCUUUUGCGGGCAUACCUUCAUUUUAUAAUGUUCUGAACCUACUACAAGAUAAACUGUUUUAGAAAAACGAGGAAAGCUUACGAGAACUAGAACAGAUCAGAAAGAGUAUCGAUACCCUAAAGGUAAGUUCAGAAUCUAUGGUUUUAAGUCUUUUGUCCUGUUUUUUUCCUUCCAUUAUGUCUCUAUGACCAUGGCGAGAAGGAUGGUAUGGCCUACUACAAUAUGAUGACUAAUGGUUGCUUUGAUGAAAGAAUUUUGUUCAAUCUGGAACAGUAGCGUAACAGGAAGGUAUGAAUUGAUAAGGUAAGUUAACAUAGAUCGAAAUUUAUUUAGUAUUUUUUAUUGCUUGAGGUACUAAGUGCCGCCAUAAAGAACCCGCCAUAUUUUCCUGUGUUUUCCUGUUAAAAAUGGCGGGUUCUUUAUGUCGGUACGUAAUAAAAUUUUUUUUUAAAUUUUUGAACUAAUUUUUCAAAAAAAAAAUUUUUUUUUAAUUUGAAACUGAAAUUUCAACAUUUUUAAAAUUUUUUCGCUUUUCAGUGCCAUCAACCUUCGUGUUACCAUGCUUAA